AUGGAUCUGUCUGUUAAUCAUCUCAACGACUUGCUGUACCUCACAAUUAACCAGGACCAGACCUGCUUCGUCAUCGGUGGCGGUAGGAAUCCUAGAUUUGCCCCACAUAAAGUGAUCUUGUGGGAUGAUCGUUAUCCCCGUCCCCUCGCGGAGUUGUCAUUUCGAACGACUGUAAAGGCCGUUAGGAUGCGGCGAGAUAUGAUUGUCGUUGCGAUUGAUUCUAAGGUGUACGUGUAUCGAUUUUCGGACCUCACCCUUAUCGAUAGCAUUACUACUGCGCAUAACCCUCGAGGAAUCAUAGCGCUGAAUCAAAGUGAGAACCGCGCUGUGCUAGCCACAGUUGCUGACCAGCAGAAAGGUCGGGUUCGUAUAAGUGUCUAUGAUACGCCCUUUACGGCGGAGUCUCGAGGGCCGAGUAUUUCCUCGGUGAUUUUAGCUCACGACUCGCAGAUCAGCCAGCUUGCAUUGGAUGCGAGCGGAAACAUAUUGGCAACUUCUAGUGACAAGGGGACAUUGAUAAGAAUUCACGAUACGACGACAGGGUACCUCCUCCAGGAGCUCAGGCGUGGGGUUGAUCGGGCUGACAUAUGCUCUAUCGUUUUCCAUUCGAGCGGACGCUGGAUUGUGGUCUCUAGUGAUAAGGGGACGGUACAUGUGUUUGCUGUUCGAGUGCCUUCUGGAGGUGGGCGAGAGUCUCGAGGGGGCGGUGGGAACGCUCGGAGCAAAUUCAGAUUCUUUGGUGGCUACUUUGGUUCAGAGUGGAGUUUUGCACGGUUCCGCGUGCCCGACUAUCGCUGCAUCGCAUGCUUCGGUAGCACUACUAACACUGUUGCUGUUAUGUGUGCUGAUGGAAGCUACUACAAGGCGAAGUUCGAUCCUGUUUUCGGAGGUGAAAUGACUCGCAUAGACACAGGGCGAUUCGAUGCAGCAUCCGAGCGACACCGACUGGUAGGAGAGAGCGAGGUUGAAGCUGUAGAGGAGCCUCCAACCCCAGCCCCGACAACAUAG